CCCACUUCCAAGCUCAGAGCCAUGGCCUUCAAGUUCUUCGCUGUUCUCGCCUUCGUGUCGGCUGUCAGUGCCGGAGUCCUUCCCGUCCAGCAGGUGUACCACGCCACCCCCGCCGUGGCCACCUACGCCCACGCCCCCGUCGCCGUGGCCCACGCCCAGCCCGUCCUGGCCAAGGCCGCCGAGGAGUUCGACCCCCACCCCCAGUACAAGUUCGCCUACGACGUGCAGGACUCCCUCUCCGGGGACUCCAAGAGCCAGGUGGAGGAGCGCGACGGGGAUGUGGUCCAUGGCGAGUACUCCCUGAUCGACGCCGAUGGCUUCAAGAGGGUGGUGCAGUACACCUCCGACCCGGUGAACGGAUUCAACGCCGUCGUCAACCGCGUGCCCCUGGAACACGUGAAGACCGUGGUGAAGACCGUGGCUCCCGUGGCUCUGCCCGUUGCUGCUGCCCCACUGCCAGUGGCCUACCACCAGCACCACUAA